GUUUACUGUUCCGCAAGAAAUUCCUCUCAUGUAUCCUUCUGCGAAGUGUCCAACCAGAAAUAUGCCGAAGAUGGACGGUAUUUGUUGGGUGCUCGAAUUGGGGGCGGUUCCUACAAAUUUUUUCUUUGGGCAUUAGAUGCGUUGGAUUUUGUGCCUGGUCUGUGGGAGGCGUACAAUUGGGCCCUGCAGAUGGAGUGGCGGCUCACGGUGCACUGCGUAAAGGGUCUGGGGACGGGUGCUAUUUUACUAUAUAGGGAGGCUGCCCAACCUGUUUGGCGCAUCAUGAAUUAUGCGGCGCGUUCCUUCGCCACCCUUGUGGGUGACCUGGCUCCAUUGCUCUCGGAUUUGCUCCAUCUCUCGGAUUUCAAGAGUUUCCUUCGAAAAAGUGUGCUAUUUUUAUGGCAUUUGGAACUUCAUUUGCUCGCUGCGGAGUCAAAGUUGAUUUGGCAGCUGCUUUGUUACUUUGUUACGUGUAUGAAUAUGCCCUUGGGACUUGGGUUCAAUAUGGCCCGUGAUGCACUUGGCUGGGUGCGGUACGCGUUGGGGCUUUACACCACCACGACGCUCUCUGCUCAUGUCUUUGUUGCAGUGAUCCAGACAGCCUUCAUUUUGAUUGCCUUACGUAAUGAACUACGCAACAUCGCCACACGUGAACGUGAGAAAUAUCCUUCCUUUGUGCGGCGGUAUACCGGUGGGGGUUUUGUGAUUAUGUUGCUGGCCUUUACAAGAGUGCAUUCGAUGCUCACAAUUCGAUACGUUGGGGCACACUUCAUGGUGCUGCUCAUGCUCAUUGGACUCUCCACGCUUCCUUUCUUUGUCAAGCCGUACAAUCUGGCCCUGUGUGUGGGCUUUCCAUGUGUUUCCUCGUACACGUGCCUGGCGUUUUUUAGAAAAAAUCCGGAGCGGAAGCAUGUGAUUUGUCUAUCGGUAGUCAAGGGACUGUUUGUCAUUGUGAUUGAUCGUACAAUAGGCAAAUUUGUCGCGCAAAUCCUGCGGGAGAUGUUUUUUUUUUCCAUUGGUGCGUUACUCCUCCUUGGCUUUUUUUCAGCAUGGCAAAGGGGGAUUCACAUUCGCCUCGCAAAAUUGUGCCGGCGUUUGCGGUCUGACGGGACGAGACGUGAGGGGCGCCUCUGA